AUGGCUGGUUAUUUCACACCUAUUAUGGUGAAUUACAAUCUGAAGGCUUCUCUUGCCAAGAAGAACAUGUUUGGAUUUUUCGAGUUGUAUUAUUAUGCUGACAAGCUUCCAGUCCCGGAUUACUUGGUGCGGCAUUACGAAGACGCCCGUCUCCACUUAAUAACAUCUGUUGUGGGGGGUACUAGCGCGGAAGCUAAAUUUGCGAGAACGAAGGUUAUGAUAAGAGACAUUCUUCUCUGGGCACUGGACAUGCGUAGAGAUUGCAAUGUUGAACCAGCGAAUUUGGUGGUUGUCUCAAACAACAUCUCACCAGAACCGGAGUUUGUAGCUGUUCUUCAAGCUCUGGCAAAGAAGAAGAAUUUCAGCGUGCUGUUAGUACAAUCUAGUAAGGACAUGUAUGUCAAGAAAGUUGAUAUUCCUACGGAAAGCUUCGCUUGGCUUUGGGAAAGCCUUACUGGUGGUGGAGGAAACCUUACUGAUGAAGAUGUGGAAUUUGCAAGCUCAGAGACAGAAGCAGCAGCAGCAGAAGAAACACUGACAGAAGAAGAAGAAGAAGAAGAAGAAGAAGAAGAAGAAGAAGAAGAAGAAGAAGAAGAAGAAGAUUUGGCAUUUUGGUUUUAUGUUGACAAGCAAACACUCCCCGAUUUGUUGCUACCACAAUAUCAUAACGCCGGACUCAAGUUCAUUACCGGAGUUUCGAGAGAUAAAUCAGCGAGAGCUAAAAUGAUGAUCAGACACAUUCUUCUAUGGGCACUGGACAAUCGUCGUUUUGGCAAUGAUGAACCAGCAAAUUUGGUGGUUGUCUCAAAUAACAUCUCACAAGAACCAGAGUUGGUCAGUGUUCUUCAAUCUUUGGAAGCUAGGAAAUUCCGUGUUCUCUUAGUACAGUCUCAUAAGAACAAGAAUGUCAAGAAAGUUGAUAUACCUACAGAAAGCUUCGAUUGGCUUUGGGAAAGCCUUACUGGUGGUGGAGGAAACCUUAUUGAAGAUGUGGAAUUUGCAAGCUCAAAGACAGAAGCAGCAGCAGACACUGACAGAAGAAGAUAUUACAAUUGA